UCUCAUGUGAAGUCCUCCAUAACUGAAAAUAAAUAAAUAAAAAAAAAACGGAAGAGAGAAAAAUAAUAAAACCACUCGGAAGUUCCACAAUCUCUCUCCCUCUCUCUCAAAUUCAUGUUCAUUUAGCCUCUGACGUAAUCGUCUUCCGCCGUCUCCGUGCUGCCGCCGUAGCGAUCGUCGUCUUCGAAGGCUCCUUUUUUCUCCGUUACCUGAGAUCUGAAGAUGAGCGGAACAACUAAGAAGACGGAUCAAAAGGCGGCUUUAGACAUUGCAUCAUGGCUCUUCAAUGUCGUUACCUCCGUUGGAAUCAUCCUCGUUAACAAAGCCUUGAUGGCUACUUACGGCUUUAGUUUCGCUACGACGUUAACCGGUUUGCAUUUCGGAACAACCACACUGUUGACAACUUUCUUGACUUGGCUUGGUUAUAUCCAACCUUCUCAGCUCCCCUGGCCCGAUCUUCUCAAGUUUGUUCUGUUCGCUAACUUCUCUAUCGUUGGGAUGAACGUCAGCCUCAUGUGGAACUCUGUUGGCUUCUACCAGAUUGCGAAGCUGAGUAUGAUCCCAGUUUCUUGUCUUCUAGAAGUUGUUCUCGACAACGUCAGGUAUUCAAGAGAUACGAAGCUUAGCAUUUUGUUAGUUCUUGCUGGUGUUGCCGUCUGUACUGUCACCGAUGUUAGUGUCAACCUCAACGGCUUCCUCGCUGCUGCUAUCGCUGUCUGGAGCACCGCCCUUCAGCAAUACUAUGUACACUAUCUACAACGGAAAUAUUCUCUUGGUUCUUUCAAUUUGCUGGCGCAUACAGCUCCAGUACAAGCUGCAUCCUUGUUGUUGGUUGGACCAUUCCUAGACUACUGGUUGACUAACCAGAGAGUUGAUGCAUUCAACUUUUCAUUCAUGUCUCUGUUCUUCUUGAUACUCUCGUGCAGUAUCGCGGUCGGAACCAAUCUCAGUCAAUUCAUCUGUAUCGGAAGAUUCACGGCGGUGUCUUUCCAAGUACUUGGUCACAUGAAGACAAUCCUGGUUUUGGUUCUGGGGUUCACUUUCUUCGGCAAGGAAGGCUUGAACAUGCAAGUUGUACUUGGAAUGCUCAUCGCCAUCCUUGGUAUGAUCUGGUACGGUAAUGCUUCUUCUAAACCGGGCGGUAAAGAGCGUCGUAGCCUCUCUAUCCCCAUAACCAAGGCACAAAAACUCAACGGGUUAUCUGAAACAGACGAGUCUGAUGGAAAGGUCUAAAAGAAAGAAGUGAUCUCGUUGACAUAGAAAACAAGAACAAGCAUCUCAGAUGCAAACAAACACAGGUAGAAAAAUAUCAUAUGGAAUAUUUACAAAACAAAAGGGAUUUUUAAUUAUUUAAUUUUCAGACCAUAUUUUUCUUUUCUUACAGAGCAUUUUGUUUUUGGUUAAUCCUUUUUUGGCCUUUGAAUUUUGUUUUUUUUUUUGCCUAAUUCUCUUUCACAUGAAAUAUCAUCCGUACUACUGAUAAUAAAAGAAUCUAAAUUUUAUUUU